AUGAAGAGGUUACGACUCGACAGAUGGACGAGCCAUCUGCUCGCAGCCCGGCCCUCUGGCGCCCCAGUCUGCACCUCGAUGGCCCCCGGGGCCUCCGCUUCCGUGUCCGUUAGCCUUAGAUCAAGAAGCAGCCCCGCGAGAUACCAGUCGACGGCGGCCCCCGCGGCAUCGGCGCCUUCCAGCACAACGCCCAACCCCGACAAACUAAUCAACGUCCCAGAAGACCCCGAGUUCUACGAAGGCCUCAACUUGGAGCGCUUUCCCCCUCUCGAAAAGCUGCCGCCCAAGGUGACCAAGCUGCCUUCCCCGCAUCCAGACCGCGCGCUCAAGUCGGCCAAGCUGGCCGCGCUGCAUGCUCGUCUAUCGCUCCCGCAAAAACUGCCCCUCCAGACACUGGCCCGCGCGCUGGUCGACGCCUCUGCCGACGAGAACCCGCUGUUCAACAACACGAACCUCGCCUUCGUCGGCCAGACCAUCAUCAACUACCACGUGGCUGAGAUGCUCAUGGUGCGCUAUCCGCGCUUGCCCAUGAACAUCCUAUACGCCGCCAUGAAAGGCUACGCUGGCCCGACCGCCCUGCACCACGUAGCCCGGUCGUGGGGUAUCGAGCACACCACCGCCCCCGGCGGCGAGGUCGACCCGGGCCUGCUGCAGUUCUCGCUGCACAACCCGGGCAAGGCCCUGGUCACCUUCGGCUACCGGCGCGCCGAGCUGGAGGGCGUCAAGAAGUACAAGUGGCGGCACGGGCUGAGCAGCCGCGUGGUCUUUGACGACGACUUUGGCGAGCUGGUUGACGACCAGGAGGACGCCGAGCGCAAGGCCGCCGAGCUGAAGCAGCGCUCGGACACGGAGUACGGUAAUGCCUACACGCGGGAACUCGCCGAGCGCGCCUACGCCAACGCCUGCCGCGCCAUUGUCGGCGCCGUUUAUGCCCACUGCGGCCGCGAGCCCGUCAAGGCCUUCGUCAAGGCCCACAUCCUCUCGCGCACUCUCGACCUCGAGAAACUGUUCGCCUUCCAUGUGCCUACCCGCGAGUUGUCCAUGCUGUGCGCCCGUGAGGACUUUGAGCCGCCUGUUGCUCGCCUGCUGAGCGAGACGGGUCGUCUGUCUCGAACCCCCGUCUUCGUGGUCGGCAUAUUCUCCGGCAAGGACAAGCUCGGCGAGGGCGCCGCCUCUAGCCUCGAGCACGCCCGCACCAAGGCAGCCAUCAACGCCCUCAAAGCUUGGUACCUGUACAGCCCGGGCGAGCAUGUCCGUGUGCCGAGCGAUAUGCUGGCUGAGGAUGCUCGUCCGUGGGAGCCUGUGUAUAUCGAUAUAGGUGAGGUUGUUGCCCGGUAA